CAACCCAUUAUUACUAUUAUAGUUUGGUAUGAUUUCCUAAAACUGCAAGGCAAACUUAGAAACUAAAUUUUGUCCAUAGAAUCUCUACAAACCAGAUUGGAUGAGACUUUAGUUUUUGGUUCUUAUCCUAUGAUAUCUCUAAUUCUAUCAAGAUAUUCAAGUAAAACCCAAUUGAAAUACUCACCUACAUUAUAAAUACACACUCAAUUCUUCAGCCAGUCUUACAUUAGUAUCUCGUUUCUCUAUUGAUCAAGGUCUGUGCAUUCUCGGAGUUCACCUUGUUUUUGUUUUUAUUUUUUUUUUCUUGUGUAGGGUUUUUAUUUUGACUAUUGUAUGAGCAAUGUAGCUAAUAUUAUGAUUUUUGGUGCAGGUUUGACUAGAUUUCAAUGAUGGUAAGACCAAGUUCAUCAUUCCUCUUAGUAGGACUUCUGUGGUUAUGCUGCUGGGGAGCCAUGGCACGAGCAGGAGCAGAAUACAUGGCAUACAAGGACCCUAAGCAGCCGCUAAAUAGGCGAAUUAAGGACUUGAUGGGUCGAAUGACGCUCGAAGAAAAGAUCGGACAGAUGACGCAGCUGGACCGUGCCAAUGUCACAGCUGAGAUCAUGAGGGACUUCUCAUUAGGCAGUGUUUUGAGUGGCGGAGGGAGUGUGCCACGUGAGCAGGCCAGUCCACAGGAUUGGAUCAACAUGUUCAAUGAGUUUCAAAAGGGUGCACUUUCAAGCCGGCUUGGGAUCCCUAUGAUUUAUGGCAUUGAUGCUGUUCAUGGGCACAACAACGUUUAUAAGGCCACUAUUUUCCCACAUAAUGUUGGACUUGGAGCCACCAGGGAUCCGGAACUUGUGAAGAAGAUUGGUGCUGCAACUGCACUUGAAGUUAGAGCUACUGGCAUUAAUUAUGCGUUUGCACCAUGCAUUGCGGUCUGCAGAGAUCCGAGAUGGGGUAGGUGCUACGAGAGCUACAGCGAAGAUCCUGCAGUCGUAAUCCAAAUGACUGAUGUCAUACUUGGAUUGCAAGGCGAAAUUCCAGCUGGUUCCCGGAAGGGCGUUCCUUAUGUGGGUGGAAAGGAUAAGGUAGCAGCCUGUGCAAAGCACUUUGUUGGAGAUGGUGGCACAACCAGGGGUAUAAAUGAGAACAACACUGUGAUUGAUAGGCAUGGAUUGUUGAGCAUUCACAUGCCUGCUUACUACCAUUCUAUCAUCAAGGGUGUGUCCACUAUCAUGGUCUCCUACUCAAGUUUGAAUGGAAAGAAGAUGCAUGCUCACCAUGAGCUUGUCACCAAAUUUCUCAAGGACACCCUUAAGUUCAGGGGCUUUGUCAUCUCUGACUGGCAGGGUAUCGACAAAAUUAACUAUCCGCUCCAUUCGAAUUACCCAGAAGCGGUUCUUGCUGGUGUUCAAGCUGGCAUUGACAUGGUCAUGGUUCCCUUCAAUCAUACCGAGUUCAUUGGCAUUGUAACCGACCAUGUCAACAACAAACGUAUCCCCAUGAGCCGUAUCGACGACGCAGUUAGGAGAAUUCUGAGAGUCAAGCUCGUGAUGGGUCUGUUUGAGAACCCUUUGGCAGAUGAGAGCUUUGUUGACAAGCUUGGAAGCCAGGCUCAUAGAGAUUUGGCAAGAGAAGCAGUGAGGAAGUCACUGGUCCUGUUGAAGAAUGGAGAAAAUGCAGAUACACCAGUCCUACCACUCCCUAAGAAGACAAAAAGGAUACUAGUUGCUGGAACCCAUGCCAACAACUUGGGCUAUCAAUGUGGUGGUUGGAGUCUCACUUGGCAAGGAGUUGGUGGCAACAACUACACUGCUGGAACCACUAUCCUCAGUGCCAUCACAGCUGCAGUUGAUCCUAGCACAGAAAUUGUGUUCAGUGAUAACCCCGAUGCCGAUUUUCUCAAGUCCAACAACUUCUCCUACGCCAUUGUUGUGGUUGGAGAGCAACCCUACGCCGAGACCAAGGGGGAUAGUUUGAACUUGACAAUUGCAGAGCCGGGUCCCCAGACCAUCACCAACGUCUGCGGCGCGGUCCAGUGCGUUGUCGUCGUUGUCUCUGGCCGUCCCGUUGUCAUUGAGCCUUACGUUUCGUCGAUGGAUGCCCUUGUGGCUGCAUGGCUACCUGGAACUGAAGGACAAGGAGUUAGCGAUGUUUUGUUUGGUGAUUAUGGAUUCAGUGGGAAGCUGCCUAGAACUUGGUUCAAGACAGUGGAUCAGCUCCCUAUGAAUGUUGGCGAUGCUCAUUAUGAUCCCCUAUUUCCCUUUGAUUUUGGACUUACAACUGAUUCUGUAGAGCAGUUGUAGUCAAUUUAGUAUACUUCUAGUCUCUCUCAUUUCCUAGUCUUUUAGGGAGUUAGUUUGCAUUUUGAUAACUCUAUAAUUUAUGUUUUUUGAGAUACUUUAUAAAUUAGAUUUUGUAUA